GACGUCGAGGGCAGUGACGCGGAGCUGAUGAGUUGUUUGCUUCACCGUAGGGGGUUCUCUCAUGUGAUCUCAGACAUACCCGGAGAGCCAGGGCAGAAGAGUUUAGCUUUGACAGAAGAGAUGAUGAUGAUGAGCAUGAACUUCUUCAGAAAUACCCCAGGCCGGUGCAGUUUUUAGCAAAAAGAAGCACCAGCCCAGACAUCAGUGGCUGCAAUGCCCAAGCUGGCUGAUGAGGGCCCAUUACAUAGGGCUGAAGGAUGAAGACCACUUACAUUGGCCACAGUAAAGUUUGCUUCCUGGUGUCCCUGUUUCUCUGUGCCACAGUACUCCUGAAUAUUUCAUGGAGACAGAGGGAUUCCUCACAAUCUCUGCUACAGUGUAAUUCAACUUGUUCUCACAAGUACUUGAAACCUAAGUUGAAAGAAGCUCAUUUAACUGAUCAGCAUAAGAAAUGGGAGACUUUCAGGUUAAAUACAAAACCAGCUUCUGGAACAGGACAAGGGUACAAGCACUUUGUGAAGGAGCCAUUACAGAUAAAAGAUUUGUUUAUUGCAGUAAAAACCACAAAGAAAUAUCACAGAAACCGACUGAAUCUUCUCAUGCAAACCUGGAUCUCCAGAGCAAAAGAACAGACGUUUAUAUUUACAGACUGGGAAGACCAAGAACUUCGACAAAAAGCAGGAGAUCAUAUGGUGAACACAAACUGCUCUGCAGUGCACACACGUCAAGCGCUCUGUUGCAAGAUGGCCGUUGAAUAUGACAAAUUUGUUUUAUCAGAUAAAAAGUGGUUUUGUCAUUUAGAUGAUGACAAUUAUUUGAAUCUGCCUGCACUUCUGGAUCUGUUAUCUGCAUUCUCACAUAACACAGAUGUUUAUGUUGGGAGGCCCAGUUUGGAUCAUCCAGUUGAAACCGUGGAUAGAAUGAAAAGUGAUGGCUCGGGCCCUCUGAAGUUCUGGUUUGCGACUGGAGGUGCUGGAUUCUGUAUCAGUCGAGGUCUUGCACUUAAGAUGAGCCCUUGGGCAAGCAUGGGAAACUUUAUCAGCACUGCUGAGAAGGUGCGUCUCCCUGACGACUGCACUAUAGGCUACAUAAUCGAAGGGAUGCUCGAGGUGAAGAUGCAGCACAGUACCCUGUUCCACUCACACUUGGAGAAUCUGCAGAGACUUCCACCCAAAUCUUUACUAAAGCAGGUCACUUUAAGCUACGGUGGCCCAGAUAACAAAUGGAAUGUUGUGAGAGUGAGUGGAGCUUUUAGUCUGGCAGAUGAUCCAACAAGAUUUAAGUCGGUGCAUUGUCUCCUGUAUUCGGACACAGACUGGUGCCCUAACCAUAAACACAAGCCAUCAGCCUAACUUACCUAUCACCGAGGUAACCACAGUGGACUUGGGAUGUGCUGUGCAAGGCUUUUCUGAACUCAUUUUCAUUGUACCAAACUGAAUAUAUACUAAAAUCAACCAGACAACAUAACAAGCACCUUUGAAAAUUCCUAGCCUUGUAGAAGCUUCCUCCUCUGCAUCUUUUGUCUGUUACAACAUUGCAAACCUGCUCUGAACCCGCUAUGCUCCAAAAUUACUUUGAAUGUGCUCCUUUAUGUACCUGGCUAAAGGAUGAGUGUGUUUGAAGUAGCAACCAUGCUUACAAAGGGAAAGCUUAUCUUUCUUAUGUUAUACUCUGUGUGGCCUGAGAAUCCAGACAGACUUUUGAAUGCAAUGCUUUUGACAUACAAUUGCCUUGGAAGUUUUUCCUUUCUUUUAUGUACUGUACAAUUGCUUUCUCGUGGGAAUGAAUGGAACCACGUCCUAUGCUGCAUAGCCAAUGAUUAGUAAAUAGAGCUGCCAGCUCUUGCUUAUGCCUAAACAUGCAGCAGUUUUGUACGAACUGACACAUUUAGCAAAGAGGAUACCUGUGUCAGUUUGUCAGAAUAUCGCCACCACUUAUCCAGUGCUUUAAUAUCACUUGACAUUAAAGUUUUAGAUUCUCUUAAGUGCAAUACAAUCCGUCUGAAUUUAGCAGAAAUUGCAGAGAUUCCUGAAGUAAAUCCUCAAACAAGAACUAAAGAAGUAGGCUAAAAAUGCUGUACAUUAUGUUUGGGGCUUCUGUACCAGUUCACGGCAACCAAAGCCCUUUAUCAGGGAAGAUUUGUCCUGUUAUAGAUGCCCCAGUAGCUCCCCCAUCUUCUUUUCUGCUGAUUUACUGCACAUGUUCAGUAUUUCUGCCAGUUACUGAGCUUAGGGACCAACGCACAAUAUACUGUAUAUAUAGAAUAUAAAUGUCGCAAUAUAUGGCUGAUUAGCAAUUAAUACAGAUAAUUACUAAGUUACCCCAGCCUGGUUCUCCUUUUCUUUAAAAGAAAAAAGACACCAGCCUGGAGUGCUAUUUGCAGAUCACCAUGCCACAAUCAUCUUUCCUCAAAACGAGCUGAAAUUCUCCUAUAAAGUGCAAUCAAGUUACGCUCCAGUGGCAACCCUGUUUCCAAAAAGUUGGGACACUGAGUAUAAUGUAAAUAAAAACAGAAUGGUAUGAUUUGCAAAUGAUUUCAUUAUAGUACAAAGACAACAUACCGGCGAUCAUCUGGGCCACCGGUCUCCCUUCCCUGAUGCGAUAAAACUAAGUUUAACUUAUGUGUGCUCAGGGAAGGGGGUCGGGGGAGUGCGGGGGAUGCAGUGGGAGCUCCUUGGGGGGUGUGGGGGCAGCAGCCACGGUGGGCCCUGUACUCCCCAGUCCAACCCUGGGUCUCUUUAUCAUAUUUUUCCUUUAAUAAUGCACCAGAUGUUUUCAACGGGUGACAGGUCUGGACUUAAGGCAGGCCAGUUUAGCACCAAGACUCUUACUGUGGAGUCAUGUUGGUGUAAUCCAUGCAGAUUGCGGUUUAACAUGACCAAAAAAGUAUAAAAAAGACUUAACUUGGAUGAUGGCAUGUGUAUACAGUAUAUAUUGUUCAGCAUUAAUGGUGCCUUCCCAGAUGCGCAAGAUGCCCAUGCCAGGCCACUAAUGCACCCCCCAUACCAUCACAAAUGCAGGUUCUUCUUUAGCUUGAAGAAUGUGGUGUCCAUGAUUUCUAAAAAAAACAUUUUGAUUGGUCACACCACAGGACAGUUUUCUAUUUUUUGAAACGACCUGCAUCAAAUUCAAAACAAGUAUAUAUUAUACAGGAAACAUCUCUCAGUUUCAACAUUUGAUCUGUUGUCUUUGUACUUUCUGUUUUUACUCAUUUAAACAGUGUUCUAACCUUUUUGGAAAUAGGGUUGCACUUGUGAGUAGGGAUUUUCUUUAGUUCUAAAAUACAGAGGGGUACUAAGACUUUUUGCUUGUUUACAUCUUGUUCUCUUUGAUAUCAUUCCUGAUGCCUUGUUACUUAGCAACAAAUAAAUUAUUUAAAUACUUUUUUUUGCAAAAA